AUGGUUCAUCGCCCUUCACCCGUGGCGAACCAGGAGAACGUCCCGCCACCAAAUAUCAUGCAUCUCCACGAGCGACCAGAACCGACGAGCCAGCCUGCGCCUAAGAAACGCAAGCUGGAGGGGACGCCAACGAAUAACCAACUCGGGGGACAUGUUCAUCAGGAGAAGAGCAAGACUGUCAAUGGGGAUACGGGGUCGUUUACAGAAGUGCUGGAGAGGCUACAGACUCAGUCUGAGGAGAUCGAUCCGUCUGGCUCGCAGCAGUGGGCUCGGCCGGAGUUGAAACCGCUUGAUGAGAGGAGGGACACUAUCAUCUUCCAGCAGAUUGAUAUAGAAGAGACGGCGGACGCGAUCGACGGUAGCCCUUCUCUGCACCUCUUCGGUGUCACAGAGCAAGGACACAGCGUCCUCAUGCACGUCACUGGAUUUCACCCGUACUUCUACAUUGCCGUGCCUCGAGGAUUUGUCGAACAAGAUUGCGACACCUUCCGUCGCUACAUUAAUGAGCGGAACGAUGAGGCUAUAUUCAGACUCGAAAUUAUAAAGAAGAAGAGUCUGUGGGGUUAUCGGGGAGACGACCAAAAUCCAUUCCUGAAGAUCGUGAUCUCGAAACCCAGGCUCCUGCCUAAGAUCCGUGGAAUGUUCGACCGAGGCGAGAUCGAUUACAAGGGGUUGUUUACCGGGCCCGUUCCUACGUACGAGAGCAACAUCUCGUAUGAAAUGAGGUUUAUGAUCGACUGCCGCGUGGUUGGAAUGAACUGGAUCGAGGUUCCAGCGGGAAAGUAUCAGCUUCGGUCAGCCAGAGAACAGGUGUCAAAGUGCCAGAUCGAAUUCACCGUCCAAUGGAAUCAGUUUAUCUCGCACGCUCCUGAAGGCGAAUGGCAGAAGACCGCUCCUCUCCGUGUACUCAGUUUCGAUAUCGAGUGCGCGGGUCGCAAGGGUAUCUUUCCCGAGCCUCAAAUCGACCCUGUCAUCCAGAUCGGCAACAUGGUUACCCGCCAGGGCGAGAGCAGCCCCUUCAUCCGUAAUAUUUUUACAUUGAACACCUGUGCCAACAUUGUGGGAUCCCAAGUUCUUGAAUUCGAGAAGGAAGCAGAUUUGCUCUCGAAAUGGAAGGACUUUGUCGAGGAAGUUGAUCCGGACAUGAUUGUUGGCUACAACAUCGCGAACUUCGACUUGCCGUACUUGCUGGAUCGCGCCAGUGCCCUCAAAUGCAACAAGUUUCCCUAUCUAAGCCGGAUAAAGAAUCAAAAGACACAGAUCAAGGAGGCCCACUUUUCAUCAAAAGCUUAUGGAACACGAGACUCCAAGGAAACCCCCAUGGAGGGACGUCUGCAACUUGACAUGCUUCAAGUCAUGCAACGAGACUACAAGCUUCGGAGUUACACGCUCAAUGCAGUUUGCGCUGAGUUCCUCGGUGAACAAAAGGAAGAAGUGCACCACUCUAUCAUCACAGAGCUACAGAACGGUACCGCAGAGUCAAGGCGUCGUCUUGCUGUCUACUGUCUGAAAGACUCGUAUUUGCCACAGCGACUGAUGGAUAAGCUGAUGUCCUUCGUCAACUAUACGGAGAUGGCUCGUGUGACCGGAGUCCCAUUCAAUUACCUUCUGCAAAGGGGUCAACAGAUCAAGGUUAUCUCGCAACUGUAUCGGAAAGCUAAUGAUGACGGAUAUCUUGUUCCCGCGGUUAAAUCUGAAGGCUCCGACGAGGUCCAGUACGAAGGUGCGACCGUCAUCGAGCCCGAAAAGGGAUAUUAUGAUGUGCCCAUUGCCACACUCGAUUUCAGCUCACUAUACCCUUCCAUCAUGAUGGCCCAUAAUCUAUGCUACACCACUUUGCUAACCAAAGAGACCAUCGAUCGGCUCAAUCUGGUGGAAGGUGUCGACUAUGUUAAGACUCCGAAUCAUGACUACUUUGUCACUCCCACCCGAAGAAAGGGACUUCUACCUACUGUUUUAGAAGACCUCAUUACAGCACGAAAGCGCGCAAAAGCAGACUUGAAGAAGGAAACCGAUCCAUUCAAGCGGGCUGUUCUUGACGGUCGGCAACUGGCUCUGAAGAUCAGUGCCAACUCGGUGUACGGUUUCACGGGCGCCACCAUCGGCAAGCUGCCGUGUCUAGCAAUUUCCUCCAGUGUGACCGCGUAUGGGCGUGAUAUGAUCGAGCAAACGAAACAAGAGGUCGAGAAAGAAUACUGCAUUGCCAGCGGAAAGGAAUGGGAUGCCAAAGUUAUCUACGGUGAUACCGACUCCGUGAUGGUCCGCUUCGGCUGUCCAGAUUUGAAGACCGCGAUGGCUCUUGGCGCUGAGGCCGCUGAGAUCAUCACCGCGAAGUUUGUGAGACCAAUCAAGCUCGAGUUCGAGAAGGUCUAUUUCCCAUAUCUUCUCAUCAGCAAGAAGCGUUAUGCUGGGCUCUACUGGACGAAGGCAGAGAAAUGGGAUAAGAUGGACAGCAAGGGUAUCGAGACCGUUCGACGGGACAAUUGCCGACUAGUGCAGACUGUCAUAGAGACGUGCCUGCAUAAGAUGCUUAUUGAACGAGAUGUGGACGGUGCUAUCGAAUAUACAAAGCAAACUAUUUCAGAUCUAUUGCAAAAUAAGAUAGACAUGUCCCAACUUGUGAUCACCAAAGCGCUAACCAAAGAAGAUUAUGCCGCUAAACAAGCGCAUUCGGAGCUGGUCAAGCGGAUGAAGCAGCGCGACGUUGGCUCGGCCCCUGCCUUGGGCGACCGUGUGGCGUAUGUCAUCAUCAAAGGCACGAAAGACGCUGCAGCAUACGAAAAGUCGGAGGAUCCAUUGUACGUCUUGGAGAACAAUGUCCCCAUCGAUACCAGAUACUAUCUCGAUAAUCAACUGUCGAACCCGUUGAUGCGGAUCUUCGAACCCAUUCUUGGAGAGAAGGCCAAGUCACUCCUUGCUGGUGAACACACGCGUUCUAUCCAGAUCGCUACACCAACCGUUGGGGGAUUAAUGAAGUUUGCCGUCCGCACAGUGACGUGCUUAGGGUGUAAAACACCUAUGCGAGCCAACAAUAGCAAGAAUCCAAAUGGCGCGGUUUGCAACAAUUGUCGGUCAAGGCUGCCUGAGCUUUAUCAGAAGCAAGCAUCCACGACAUCUGGCCUUCAAGUACACUUUGCCCGCCUUUGGACACAAUGUCAGAGGUGUCAAGGUUCUUUGCACCAAGACGUGUUGUGUGCUAGCAAGGAUUGUCCUAUUUUCUAUAUGCGGAAGAAAGCGCAGAAGGACGUGACAGAGGCAGUUGAGAUGAUGGAACGAUUCAAUGUUAGCUGGUAA